AUGGAGGCGGAGAAGUGGAGCAGCGACGGCGGUGAAUACACGUCGGAGGACGAAGGGACGGAGGAUUACCGGCGAGGCGGUUACCACGCCGUCCGAAUCGGCGACUCAUUCAAAAACGGGCGGUACGUCAUCCAGAGCAAACUCGGUUGGGGCCAUUUCUCUACUGUUUGGCUCGCCUGGGACACUCAAUCCUCUAGAUAUGUGGCGUUGAAGGUGCAAAAGAGCGCUCAGCAUUAUACCGAAGCUGCCAUGGAUGAGAUAACCAUCUUGCAACAGAUUGCAGAGGGAGACACUGAUGAUACCAAAUGCGUUGUGAAGCUUUUGGAUCAUUUCAAGCACUCAGGUCCAAAUGGUCAGCAUGUAUGUAUGGUUUUCGAGUACUUGGGGGAUAAUCUGCUAACGCUGAUAAAGUAUUCCGACUACCGUGGCUUGCCUAUUCCGAUGGUUAAGGAGAUUUGUUACCACAUGCUGGUUGGGUUAGACUACUUGCAUAAACAGCUCUCUAUCAUACACACUGAUCUGAAGCCUGAGAAUAUCUUGUUGCCAUCAACGAUUGAUCCGUCUAAAGAUCCUAGGAAGUCUGGAGCUCCUCUUGUUCUCCCUAGUGAUAAGGAUAAGACGGUUGACUCCAAUGGAGACUUUGUGAAAGAUCGAAAGAAAGAGGUUCGUAGAAAGGUAAAGCUUUCAGCUCAGGGAAGUGCAGAGAAAUCGGUUAAAGGAAAACCGAGUGAAGCAGAGAAAUUGAUUGAUGAGGAUUGUCCUUCUACUUCUGCUGCGAAUGGAUUAGAUGGUGGCGAGAAAGGAAAGCAAGGUGGCAAGAAAGGGAGUCGGUCGAGUAGAAGGCACCUUGUGGAAUCUGUUGACCUCAAGUGUAAACUUGUUGACUUUGGGAAUGCUUGUUGGACGUACAAACAGUUCACGAGCGACAUUCAAACGAGGCAGUAUCGGUGUCCUGAAGUGAUCCUUGGAUCGAAAUACUCUACGUCGGCUGAUCUCUGGUCAUUCGCUUGCAUUUGUUUCGAACUUGUUACCGGAGAUGUACUUUUUGAUCCUCAUAGUGGAGACAACUAUGAUAGAGACGAGGACCACUUGGCUCUGAUGAUGGAGCUUCUUGGAAUGAUGCCACGCAAGAUAGCAUUAGGUGGUCGCUACUCAAGAGAUUUCUUCAAUAGGCAUGGUGAUCUUAGACACAUCAGGAGACUGCGUUUCUGGCCAAUGAACAAAGUGCUUACAGAGAAGUACGAGUUCAGUGAGCAAGAUGCAAAUGACUUGAGUGAUUUUCUCGUUACGAUUCUUGAUUUCGUCCCUGAGAAACGACCAACUGCGUCACAGUGUCUGUUACAUCCAUGGAUAAACUCUGGCCCUCGCUCUCUACAACCUUCGCUCUCAGUUAAAGAGCAAAAAUCCGAAGACAAGGAAGAUACUGAGAGAACGAAGAAAGAGAACGAGGAGCAAGAGCAAGAAGCUGUGGAAGUUAAAAUGGGAAACGUUGACAUAUCUUCCUCAGAAUCAAAACCAGGUACGAGCCAAAGCUCCUCUCCAAAGCAAGCAAUUUGA